UUCCGAGCGCCCCGCUCCCAUCUCCCCGCAGCGCUACCUUAAGGGGCUGGUUGACAUCAGCCGAGUGGGCUGGGCGGUGUGGGUGGGAUUUCCUGUGCUGGAGGUCAGCUGCUCCCGUCCCUCUGCUGUCCCUCCCAGCCGCCCGGGUCCCGCUCUCCCCGCGCCGGAGGGACCCGCAUCCUCCCGGCUCCCUCCUCUCGGGUUGGAUUUACAUAGUGAUGUGUAAACUACAGGAUGCCCAGCAGCACUGGAAAGAGGUUUAAACCUACGAAAUACAUCCCGGUAUCCACAGCAGCUGCCUUAUUAGUGGGUUCGACUACUUUAUUUUUUGUUUUCACGUGCCCCUGGUUGACAAAAGCCAUCUCCCCAGCCAUCCCAGUGUACAAUGGACUCGUUUUCUUGUUUGUGCUGGCAAACUUCAGCAUGGCAACUUUCAUGGACCCUGGAGUUUUCCCAAGAGCGGACGAAGAUGAGGAUAAAGACGACGACUUCCGCGCGCCGCUGUACAAGAACGUGGAGAUCAAAGGAAUCCAAGUACGGAUGAAGUGGUGCGCCACCUGCCACUUCUACCGCCCGCCCCGCUGCUCCCACUGCAGCGUCUGCGACAACUGCGUGGAGGAUUUUGACCAUCACUGCCCAUGGGUCAACAAUUGCAUAGGACGGAGGAACUACCGCUAUUUUUUUCUCUUCUUGCUGUCCUUAAGUACGCACAUGGUCGGAGUCUUCACCUUUGGGCUCAUCUUCGUACUGAACCACAUGGAAAAGCUGGGAGCAGCUCACACCACCAUUACAAUGGCUGUCAUGUGUGUGGCUGGGUUAUUCUUUAUCCCAGUCAUUGGGCUCACUGGCUUCCAUAUUGUUCUAGUGGCCCGAGGGCGCACAACGAAUGAACAGGUGACAGGGAAAUUCCGUGGGGGAGUGAAUCCUUUUACCCGUGGAUGCUGUGGAAACGUGGAACAUGUGCUCUGCAGCCCCUUGGCUCCCAGGUACGUGGUUGAGCCCAAGAAAAAGCAAGCUGUGAGUGUGAAGCCUCCUUUCCUGAGACCGGAUUUGUCUGAGCGACAGAUCACAGUGAAGAUCAGCGACAACGGCAUCCAAGCCAACCUCAACCGGAGCAAGUCUAAAAUCAGCCUGGAAGGUCUGGAGGAUAAGAGUAUGGAUGUGCAACCAUCUCUCCCAUCCAAAGGAGAUCCAAGCAAGUACUCUGAGCUAAAAGGGCAGCUGGGCACCAGUGAAGAAGGUGGCCUCUCACCCAAACUUAUCAGUCCUCCCACUCCUGCCAUGUACAAAUACCGACCAGCUUUCAGCAACAAUCCCAAAGUCCACUACCAUGCCACGGCCGAGCAGAUCACCUUGCAGGAGGGACACAGUCAAGGGGCUCUGAUAGAAGAGGAUGGCAGGAGCCUUGAUUACCAGUCCGAACCCAGCUUGGAUAUUCCCAGCUACCGGAAGAGCUCCCUCCACAAGACCUAUCAGUCUUCCCCACUCCAGAUAGAUUCCUUUGCCAUCAAUUCACGAUCCCUGAGCCUGAAAUCUGCUGGCAGGAGAGGGACAGACAAAGUGCCCCUUCAUCCAAUAAAGUCUGAAGGGGCUGCUUCCACCCCUUACAAAAGCAUCUUUUCUCCCAAUUCCCUGUCAAACAGAAAUGGGAGUCUUUCGUAUGACAGUUUGCUGAACCCCAUGUCUCCCUCGGGGAGGAAGUGCGUUGCCCAUUCUGCUGUCAGCUCUGUCGGGUACCACUCCCCAUAUUUGUCAGCCAAAAUGUGCCACCUCCGGGGCAGCGAGCUGCAGCGCCAGCCACCGCAGAGCUUCAGCCCGGUGCUGGGGAGCCCAGCCCCGCACCAGCGAGACCCCUCCCCAGUGCGCUAUGAUAACCUUUCCAAGACAAUUAUGGCAUCCAUCCAGGAAAGGAAAGAGAUGGAAGAGAGGGAGAAGCUCCUCCACUCGCACCCUGACUCGGUGUUUGCAGACUCAGGUGUCUAUGACACGCCCAGCUCCUACAGCCUUCAGCAAGUGAGCACGCUCUCGGAAGACCCGCGCAGCAUGGCCAUGAGAUAUGGAUCCAGGGACAAUCUGAUGGCUGCCACCAGCUUUAGCACAAGGAACCCUAUACUGCAGUCCUCAGUGUCUUCACUCUCAAGUGCAAUGACAAGAGCCCCAAGGACUUCCACAACCUCUCUGCAAGCUGAUUUAGCCAAUAAUAAUGUGCAGUCCCAUCAAGCACUACAGGGCAGGGUGAGCAAUGGCUCCUACAAAUCCCCAGGCCACCAGGUCCCAUCGUCCCCCACAGGGAUGCCUAGGUCACCCUCUUACGGAGGCCCGAAGGCUGUGUCAUUUGUAAACACUGUGGAAAUUACAGAGGUGCAGUCAGUGGGAGCACAGAGGGAUGACAUGCAGUUGAAGACACCUCACAGUAAAAUAAAUGGACAGCCAAAAGGAAUAGCCAGGUUGGGUUCAACAUCAAGUUCCCAGGGGACGCCAGUCAGCCCUGCUAGACACUCAAAUGUUAAGAAGGUGUCUGGAGUUGGUGGAACAACCUAUGAAAUUUCAGUGUAAAAUAAAAUUAAUUAGAAACAAAGAGCCAUCCACUCAGCCAGCCAUGAAGCUAGGAGCACUGUGAAGACUCAAAUAACAACAAAGAAGGAGCAGCAGCAGUCGGCCACUCUCCUUUUCUCGUUUUGGGUUUGUUCUGUUUUCAUCUUUCUCUUUUGGCCAAAAACCAGCUGCAGCCUUAUUCUUGAGGGAAUAAUAAAAUUGUACAGUCUAUCAGACUCUUCCUGAACAACAGGCAGGAGCUGGCUAUGACUUAAGACCACCACCGAGCAGAAUUCCUUCCUGCAAGAGAGCGCUAAAGCCAUUGUGCGCGUGUCUGUCCGACCACUCUGUUGUGUACCAGUUGUGCUGUGAAACAGUUCAGUCAGUCCAGGAUCAGUCAGUUUUCCCAUGCCCCUUCCCAGUUCUUCUGGCCAGCAAUGUGUCUGGCAGGAGCCAGAGGACCAACUGCUGUUUUCCUGUUGACAUGGAAAGUACGGUUCCUGCGCUGGGCAGGAGCUUCUCCUCGUCCUCCAGGUGCUGCAGCUCAGGUUCCUCCUCCUGGGAAGGAACAAGGCAAGGCCGCUUGGGCUGCAGACAUCAUGUUUUCUUUAAAAGCCUCCCUGGUCCCAGAUGGGGGCAGGAGAAAGGAUAGCAACAGCUUCUCCCUGUCUGCCCUUGGCCUCCCUGUGUGUGAAGUUGUGUGUGUGUGUGCGUGUUUGUCUCCAUGGAAAAGGACCGCAACACCAGCGAGGAUCUGCCACUCUGACCUCCUGCUCCCUCUGGGUUUGAAAGGCUUCUCUGACCCGGAAACAAAACCAAGCAGAUAAGAAAGGAAAUGUUCAGAUGGAAACAUACUUUAAACAGCCAUCAGCUGCUUUCCCUGCACCCUCCUUAUCUGUUGGAUUUAGGCAAUAACAGAGUUUACUGCCUUGCCCUGGUGCCGUCAGUAUAAUCCCGCAGCAAGGUUAUCAUAAGCUGUCGAAUUUACAGUGUGUGUAACUGAGCCAAGCGUGCAUCUAAAGGAUAUAAAUUUUCUGUCUGCCUAAUUACUAGCACAUUCCCUCUGGUCUUCAAUACUGUUAGACAAAGGAUUUUCAAUUUGGGUUUCCUCCCCCAGGGGAACAACUUUUUAAAAUAAUAUCAAUCAAAUCUGUUUAACAUUCUGAGGUUUCUUUUUCCUGUCUUCAGAAAACUACAUUUACUUUGUUGGAUUUAAAGACAACUUUACCAUAAAAAACAAGAAAAGGGUGCAUUACUUUUGUCAAAAAUAUGAGGACUCUAGAAAAACUAAUUUUGGGACAAAUGGAUUUUUAUUUCUUGAUUCUUUAUCUCCUUUUCCUUACCAUUCAGUUACCACCUCAGAAGUCAAAAGUACUGAGAUCUGGACCAAUGCUAACUAGAUCAUGUGUGCAAUUAAGAAUAUCCUGAACGACUGUUGCCAAAGUCACUAAAAAUUAUUAUUUAUCGUUGAGCAGUCAGCAUACAAGACCUCGACUUUCCACCUGGUACUCUUGGUGAAUAGUUUUGAUUAGAGAUCUAAAUCCAUCAUUUUUCAAGAUAUUCAUUUCAAGGGGUUAAAUCCUUUUCAGUCCUUGACUAUAAUGGAAAGCUCUCCAGGUAUUUGGUAGCAAUUCAGAAUGUGUUCAUAAUAUCUUACUUUCAUGUAUGUUGAGGUUAAUUAUUCCAGAAGGCAAAUAUUGACCUUAAUUUUGCCUGGUUAAAAUUUAUAUUUUGAUUUGAUGAAUCUUGACAUCUGCUGCAAUACAUGGUUAUUAUGUCCCUUGUAUAUCACAUUAUUUUUUGGAGACAAAGGUUGAAGAGAACAUAAGAAAGUUAAUCAUCUCUCUGUGUAACGCUCUAUGUUGCCUGAAGGAAGAAACGUGGAAAGCAAUGCAUCUGCAAUAGGCUAAAGUUUUGAGAGAGUGAAGUAGAAAUCAGUGUGCAUUUUAUUGCCUUGGUGACAUUUUAAAUGCCUGGUGUAGGGAUAUUGCAGAGCAGAGAAGCAAUAGUCUUGCUGUGCAGAUUUGCUCAGUGGCACAGAGAACGUUGUCUUUAGUUGGAGGCACCAUGGUACCAGAAGGAUGCUGGCAAACUGGAUCAGGUACUGAUGGAGCAACAUAUAUUAAAGAACUGGCUGGGCUGGCUAAUGAGAAGAUUUAAAGGGCUAAAACAUGCCACUGGCUAAGCAAUGAAGUGAAAAUUGAGUAUCAUAAUUUUACAAAUAUGUUACUUAAAAGUUGUAAAACCAAAGGUAAAUCCAAGGGUUGUCACUGGUAACCAAUGGUCUACAUUUAGAAUGGGGCAGAACAGAUGGAGAGGAAGGGGCAGUGAAUAGUCUUCCAAGUAGAGUUUUGGUCAAACUGUUUAGGACAGUCACACUGUAUUUGGACAAGUCAUUAAAACAUUUCUGUGAGAGGUGAGUCUGUAGGGACAAGGGGUAGACCAGAUGGCCUUACAGAUUUCUUUAAUCUUUAACUGUUAUUAAUCUGCAGUCUACCCUGAUGUUAACUCCUCAGGAAGAUGCAGUACUUCUUUAAGGACUGGAAUUCACUCUGGUGCAUAGAGUAUCACAAAACUACUUGUUUUUAAAGUAUCAUGUAUGCCAUAGCUAAGCCCUGAAAAAGAGGGGGUAGGAAACACAGGGGAUUAGGGAGUGAGACAAGGGCACAUUUUAUCAUGUAUCUUUGAAUACGUACAUGAAAUUCAUGCAAGCAAGGCUGAAAAUUUGCACCAAUGUAAUAUUUGAGAUUUGCAUCCCAGUGAUGCUCCACUUUGAUCGUUCUUUCUCUUGCAUUUAUAAAUGAAAAAGCUACUGAGGAACUUGAAGGGCCAAAGAGCCUUUGAAGUUAACUACAUUAGUUCAUGAGAGAAUUUCUCAGUAAGACUAAACACAGUAUUGUGUGUAUAAAGCACUAAUAUCCAGGGUUAUUUUGACAUAGUUCACAAGGGGUAAGGGAGAAUAAAAGGAUGCACUGUGUCAGUACAGGUUCAGCAGUAAGGAUUAUGUAGUUUGUGAGUAGUUUUGCCCACAGUUGAGAGACAUUCAACUUUUUCAUAGGUUUACAAUGGUACCAAAGUUUUUUUUUGUUUUUGUUUUUGGGGGGUUUUUUGUUUUUGUUUUUGGGGUUUUUUUUUGUUUGUUUGUUUGUUUUGGUUUUGGUUUUUGUUUUUUGGGUUUUUUUUUUUCCUUUUGAGGUUUGCAUUUAAUUCAAUGCACAUAGCCUGGAGUAAAUGGUUCAGAUUUUCUGAAAGAAUAAUCUAAGCAGAACUGUUAACAGGAGAUUGCAUGCAGCAAAUCCAGCUUCAUUUCUACCCAAGGCACUGAACCUGCAGCUAUUUUCUCAUAAAUGUAAGUGUCUGUUCCAUAGUUCCUGUUGUGGGACUGGGAACCUAUUUAUUAAAUCUAAUUUUUGAGCAGAAUACAGCCCAUAUUAAAGCAUAGUUCUUUAAGCAGUUUACAGUUUAGCAGUAAGGUUCUUCUGUCAAGAUACCCUGUUUUUACAGACACUGCAGGCCAAAUCUUCAGCUGGUGUAAAUUGGUGCGGCUCCAUGAAAGCUCAUUUAAUUGAUGCUAAUUUAUAGUAGGUGGAGAUCAGCCAUGAAAAUCCAGCACGAGUUAACACAUCCUGUAAAGUAGCUUCUUUAUUUUUGUCAUGCUUAUUUCAUGUUUCAAAAGUCUUAAAUAUUUUCAACAUGUUCUUAUUUGUAGCUGUGGAUUGUAUUACUUAUUUAAAAGAGAGCAAUAGGUUUUUUUUAGUUUAUGCAUCAGUUUUCAUUGCAUAUUGCAUUUUAUUAUCCGUUUGUUCCCUGUUCAUGUGCUCCCACUUAGGCUCCAGUUUUUCAUUGUAGUACUUUUCUGCCUUGAAAAGUUGGAUCUCUAUAUCUUUAAUUGUAUAAUAUAUUGGGUAUUAUGGAAUUAAAUGUACCUUUCUACAUGGGUGGGAGAGAGAGAAAA